AAGCAGCUGCUAGCGGUUAUUGUACCCCGGGGACCGAGUCACGCUCCGCCUCUUGAGGAUUCAACUCAUUAUUUAGUUCUUGAACUCGGACCUCCCAAUUCUUGUUAACUUUCUUCGAGCCCCACACAACAUCAUGACCGCUGUUUUACGCUCACCUACGCAGUCACCUGUCCUCACCGUGACAUCCUCGAGAGCGAGUAACUCUUCUUGCUCGCACAUGCACAACGCCAGCGUUCCGAUGCGUCACAUUAGAUUCGCACCUCUUCCUGAGCCCACCGCUCAAGUUGACAAUUCAAAUUCCAUCAUGGACUCCCACCCGCGCGCACUCUCUUCACUGUCCUCCGACAUCGUAGAUGUCCAACGCAAUACAUCCUCCAAAUCAAAACCAAAGUCAUCCCUUUCCCGCCAAUUCAACUUGUUCAAGCGGUCUUCCACCGACUCAACCGCUCAUGAUCCUCAACCGUAUGACUUUGGUGCCCCACUCUCCCGAUCUGCGUCCAUCCCCAUCCUCUCCAAUGACAAUCAACCAAGAUAUUUCUCCACCGCUCCCUCCACCAACUCCCUCUGCUCAGCUGGUGACCACCAUGCAAUGCCCAAGAACCACUUCCCCAGUCACAGCCCCAGUCCCAGCUCCAGUCCCAGCUCCUUCCCACCCACCUCCCCUUCAACGCGCCCAAAAGUCACCACAAGUGGCAUGCACAUGCUCAACGGACGCAUCUACGGUUCAAAGCGCCGACCACUCACAAACCUCUUUGCGAACGUGCGCGAUGAACCCGAUUUUGUGGAAUGGGGGUACGGCGGCAUGGGCAGCAUCAGCAGCAGCAGCGAUUCAAAGUAUUCCGCCCUCGCCAAGGGAACCCCUGCCCUACUUUCAGACGGUCACUCCCAGAAGGUCAGUGAUGGUGCGGGUGUAUCUUAUUUAGCAGGAGGUGAUAGCGAUGACGGGAGUGGCAUGGAAUGGGUUCGCAGACGGCGGCAAAGGAGAGAAGGUCUCGCCGCGAGAGGCAAUACGUGUUAGUGCAAAGUGGCAGAGCAGCACCAGGAAAUUUACGAAUCAAAAAACCGGCUUGAAAAGCCUAACUUACUUCGGGGUAAGGUUGUAGUCAUAGCAAAGGUCCUUGACCUACGAUGUAUUUGUUGUUUAUGGAUCAUGAUGAAUACGCACGUAUGUUUAUUGGCAGCAUCCCGAAUGAACGGGUCUUCAAGUCAAGGG